UCACAACCGGAGAAGAGCGCGGUCCGUGUCAGUGGAUUUCACCGGUGAAUCUCACGUCAGGACGGGGACGGUGUGUCAUGAACAGAAGGAAUCCUUCGGUGUUAUGAUGGUUUAUGAGGAGUUGAACGGCGAAACAUGUGUGGCAGAUAGGCUGCGUCUGUCUGUCCCAAACCCACACCCACACCCACGGCUGCUCAGUCCGGACAGGCGGUCAUUUUUUACACAGACAGGGACCGGGACCAGGACCAGGACCAGAGGUAGCACCAUGUUCGAAGCCUCAGGGAUCCCUCUCAUCCUCCUGGACAUUAGCUGUCUUAUCCUGGUGGGACUCCCGUUUUUUAUCCUUACCCCUCAACACAAUCCGUUCAAACGAGGUUUCUUUUGUAAUGAUGAGUCUAUACGAUACCCGCUGAAAGAGGACACCAUAUCCUACCAGCUGCUGGGAGGAGUCAUGAUCCCCUUCACACUUAUUGUGAUUGUGUGUGGUGAGUGCCUUUCUGUCUACUUUUCCCGCAUCAAGAAUCAGGCCUUGGGGACAAAAUACAUGUCAUGUGUCUACAAAGCCGUGGGAAGCUACGUGUUUGGAGCUGCGGCCAGCCAGUCUCUGACAGACAUAGCAAAGUACUCCAUUGGGCGUUUGCGGCCGAACUUCCUGGCUGUAUGCAAACCGAUGUGGGACAAAAUCAACUGCAAAGCCGGUGGAUACAUAGAGAACUUCACCUGCACUGGGGACAAGUUCCUGGUCGAUGAGGCCAGACUGUCCUUCUACUCCGGUCACUCAUCUUUCUCUAUGUACUGCAUGCUGUUCCUUGUACUGUACAUUCAAGCCAGACUGAAGUCAGAAUGGGCGAGGCUGCUGCGUCCAACCAUUCAGUUCUUCCUGAUCGCAACAGCCCUGUACGUGGGACUUUCCCGAGUCUCUGACUACAAGCAUCACUGGAGCGACGUCCUGGCCGGCCUCCUGCAAGGGGGGAUAGUGGCAACUCUCACUGUCUUCUGUGUUUCUAACUUCUUCGAACAACCAUUUGAACCAGUGGUGUCGCAGGAAGAAGAAGCCUCACACACCAGUUUACAGGAAAACCCUUCAAAUGGGAACCACUACGGCAGCACUGACUGAACCGGAUGCCUCAGUCUGAACUGUAUACGCGCACUGUCCCCUAAAGUGGAAAAAGAGGGACCUAAAACACCUUCUGUCAAUGAACUGCUGGCUCUUUGUGCAGCUACAGCCCUUCAUCACAGUUUGCCUUUAGCUGGCUUUCGCUGCUACCUGGUGGUAACGUGUCGGUAAACUUCAUGACAAGAAUGAAAAGUACACUACAGAAGACAGAACUUGCACUGAGAUGUAAAGCUUUUACUUAAGUUAUAUGGUCUGUUGUGAAAUGAAACAGAAAGGUGAAAAUAUGGUGGAUCGAAUGAAGAAAAAGUUGCUUUAUUUAGCAGCAUGGACAUUUGGGAAAUGUGGUUACUAGUGUACAGUAUAUAGGUCUGAUGUUGCCAUCAUGAAUGAAUGAAAUUCCUUUUGCCUAGAAUAUAAUGAGCGUCUGUGUGCGCACAGCCAGCAGGCUUGUAGAAGGUCUGGAACCUGUGAAAAAGAAAACCAGGACUGUCUUUAAAUAGAGACUGAACUCAGAUGUAAUAUAUUAUUGGUUGUUUUUUUUUUGCCUUAGUCAAAUUGUUGCUGCUACCUGCUUUUAAAUCUCUGCCCUGGUGUCAUGUCAUGUAAACAUUUAUCAUGAUUUAUUUUGUGAAAUGCAAUGCAAUGAUUUUUUACAGUUUGUAUAAAACUCUUUGGGUUUUAAUCAGUAGCUUUUAUUAUUUAGAGCUUACUGAAAAAAAUAAAGAGUUUAAUUUUGCUACUUUGUCAUAAAGAAGGUAAACCAUCUGUUUGUUUCAUCUGUGAUUUAAGAUAUGUGAUACCGCAACGUAAGAUGUGGAAAAGGAGCUUUGGACGUGUUUUUGCUUUCCCACAAAGUACACUUUCAUUUGCUGAGAAGCCUGACUUUUUGUGCAAAACUGCAGAGUAAGGUAUAUCAAAGAAGAGGAACCAGACAUGAGUCACAAAGCAAAUUAUCUUGCAAAUGCAGACUCAGAAUGCUCUCCACAUGUCUGUUUUAGGCUGGUCAUUCACUCUGUGCAGACAAACCAUACAAACCACCAACAUGCAAAUAUAAAGUUACCUCUCCUGUCAUCAGUGGAAGGUCAUGUUUGUGGUUGGACUAGUGGUUACGUACUCUUCACCAGUCCAUCGCUGCACCUUCUCUGUGUUUCUGAAUCAAAGCGAGGUCAGCUUGUCCUCUGUCACCAGACAGGUGCCAACCCUUGGCUGCAAAGGUCCAAGCAUCUGCUUUAAGACAAAUCCUAUUACACAGAGUCUCAGAGAAGUAGGCUAAAGACAAGUUUAACUUGACAUGAAAGCAAUAAACCAGUGUUUAAAUCUGUUCGGUACUUUAGUCUACACAUCACAACCUACACCGUAAUGUGAUUAACCCAAGAUGAACUCCAGCUACUUUAUGAUCUCAAGUUAAACAUUCACUUUCAGUUUAUGUUAGAAAUUCACUUAUUCUCGGUUGAGAAGUGGACUCUGCAG